UUGAUAUCUACUGAUAUAAACUUGUGCUGAGAGUUGGGUUGAUAUCUAUCUGAAUUAAAAUAUAUCUAUAUAUAAUGGCCAAAUUUGAAGGCAGUGAGAAGUAUAUUGUUACACGUUGAGUUUGACAAAGGACUGUUCGCUCCGUAAGACUGUAGCUUGUUGGCAUCAUAUUACUUUGUGUUCAUCGAUGCAAAGAAGUUGACAGUCGUUAACUGUGUUCGACAAGCAUAAAGUCUUAAUGCUGGCAAUAUGCAUGUUCUGUGCCAGAAGACCAAACAGUUUGACACAAAGCUCAAUAUUACAAUCAACUUUGACAAAGAAUAGGAGUAAAAGCUCACAGGGCAAGGUGGAGAACAGGCAAGGACACCCGACCUCUUAGAAACUGUAGGAGAAUGAAAAGCCGCAAAGAAGAGAAGGUAUGGGGUGUUACACAGUAACUCAGGUGGUGAGACAUUCCCUGUGCAAUUACAACAACAAGCGAAGGGGGUGUAGUUGAUAAAAGACAAAAAAGAAGAACACAGCCUGAAGUAUAAGCUUCAGCAGCACACCCACCAUACCGGAGCUCCAGGGAACUAUCCCUCACAGUCCUAGAGAAGCUCUGAGCAGCUUAAGAUCCAGCAAAAUGUCAGCAAAAUUAAUCAAUUCAGUGAACAAGUUUUACAAUAACUACGAGGCUUACAAUAGCUCUGAUGCUAUUCCAGACUGUAAAAGCAGAAUUGACCACCAGGAUUUCUACCAGUUCAGUCUUAUUCCAGCGGUGCUCGUCACUCUGUCGUUUGCCUUCACACGGCACCGCAGAAACAUGCUUCUGUCUUUGAUGGGUGGACGUCCAGGCCUGGUGUACCCCAUGGAUGCAUUGACCCGCUCGUCCAGGAUCUCCUACGCAUGUGCAUUCGGAGCCACAGCUUUCCUCGUCUACGAAAUCGUCAUGGAGCAACGACUCAUCAUCGACACACCUACCCACAAAGCUGCGAAAUCCUUCGCCGCCAUCCUGUCUGUGCUGGUGUACGGGAUGGUCUUCUUUCCUGUCUUCGCCUGCCUCGCUCUCAGCUCUGCCUUCGGCUUCGGACUGGGGGCGCUGUACGUGUGGAUGCUGCUGGGUGUACAGAUCUUCAAACUGACUGAGUGCCAGACCACAGGCGAAGUAAGACUGCUGAUGGUUCUUCAGAGCCUGCCCAACCUGCUAUGCUUGCUCUAUCUCAGCGUGUCCAUCCCUGGUCGCAGUCUGAGGUCUUUGAGCAAGGGUAGGUUUUUUUCUUGGUAUCAAGACUCCAAAGAUUCAAUGGACAAAAUCAAGGAAUGCUACGCUGGGCUCCACGUCAGGAAGCUCUUCCGGAAACCAAAGGUCAAAAAGCCUGUGGUAGGAAAAUUAGCGGCGAUGAAAGCGGCUGUUAAAAGACUGCUCUCUCGUUUUGUCUACCGCAGGAAAAAAGGGUUCCGCUACCCGGCUCGCAUGCUCUCAGUCAUGAUUGUGGGGAUGAUCGUGGUGUACAUCCUGGCAUUUCAGUUGUUCUUGGAGGUACCUAGAGACAUCGAAGGUGUUCGUGACUUAGUGUGGACCAGCGUCGAUGAAUCCAUUGGCUGGGAGGAAAGCGAAGAUGAUGAUGACCUGACCAAACUAGCUCGAACGCUCCUGUUGCUUUUCUGUUACUUUCUGGACAUCGUAAUAAUUUCAAUAACGGUGGGCUUGUCACUUGCUUUACUGCUUUGUUUGCUCAACAUCCUUCACUCACUCAGCAGCUACAGAGCCACAAUUCUUGCUCUCUACAGAGGAGAUCAUUCCCACAUCCCACCGCCUGAUGCCGGCAGUUAUGUUAAUUACUGCGUAAACAGCAUCAAGUACGGAGGAUUUCAAGUUGCGUAUAUUGUUUGGGCAUUCUUCGUUCAGUUUGGCGUUCUUUCCCUGAUCUGCUUUGCCCUGGGUGUCCUUAUCCAAGUGCUAAGCCUGGGUUACAAGGAGUUGUUAUUAGCUGCUUUGGAAUACAUUUGGCCAAUCGUUCUAGUAACAAUCAUACUCAUGGUGGUACAAAAACUACUUGCCAAGUUUGUCUUCUUGCAAAAGAAAGGUCUCCACCUUGCACUGGACAACAGAUAUUGUUACUUCAUCUUCACCUACUUCAUGUUCUUCUACAAUAUCUUCUUGGGUCUCGUCUCCUGUCUUCUGAGGAUCGUCAAAGCAUUUGUUCUCGGCAUCGCUUUCCUCGGUCGCCUUGACAACAGCACGUUGUCUAGAAAGUUCGAAUUCUUCGAUCCAGGUUUCUCUGCUUACCUGGGUUUCAUGCACAUAGAGUGUGCCCACACUCAUCCUGUGGUCAUCGUCUUCACACGACUGGUCAUUCACAUGUGGGAGACAGCAAAAGAAAGACAGAUCGGCGAGUCCAACACCUGUUCUAAUGGAGACCUGCUGCUCAACAUGAACCUGGAUGACCUCAGCGUUAGAAGUUUACGGGAAGACACUCGGCGCCGCAGCAUGAAGGCUCGCUCCAACUGGCACGUGACGUACACGCUGCUGCACAACCCGGAGCUGCGCGUCACGCGCAAGGGCUACAUGCAGCUGUUACGUCAGGCACGCGAGCUGGGCGUACACAUCCCUAUCUCCGACAACCAGGCCAACAUCAACCUCGACAGUCUGGCCGAGCAGAUCCUGCAGGCUAAAGAUUCCGCCAGCAAUAAAAACGCCGAGGUUACAAAACAAGCAAAAAACAGAAAACAGGAAAAGGUGUAGGUUAGUUGAAAUGAGAGAAAAGUAGAGGGAGGAAAAGCUGACAGUUUUAAUUCACGUGAUAUCUCUCCUCUCUGGAGGUUCCUUACAUGUCACCUUUACAUGAGACAGAGGACGAUAACAGGCUCUACUUUGAGAGGGAACUGGUAAAGCACUCUCAUCUUCUUAUUUUGAAGUACAGUUUGUGUUCUUAUAUAACUCACUUACCUAUUAAAGUACCAGACCGCGUGCUACUCUUUCAGCUUUUUUGGCGAGAAACCAGAAAAGCCAAGAAUGAAGUACAAAUUCCUCUUAAAAAACCAUUUCACCUUGUGGUCGAUAUAUAACCAGCGAUAAAAGCUAGAGUUCCAGUCGACUUUGCCGUUUCCAAAACGUGGAUUUGAACGACAGCCAAAGAUAGGAAGGUUACUAUCUUCCCCUCGCUGGUCUAAGUAAUGUGAUACCAUCCACAAUCCUGUACAAAGCCCGGUGAGGUAUAGCUUACAUAAGCAUUUACUUAUAUAACUGCUUAAAAAUGUGAUGUAAGAACAUGAAAAAUGUCAGGCUAUAUCGUCAGACAUAUCUGAUUUUCAAAAAGAUUUAAACUUUCUUAAAUUUCAGAGUGUAACUGUUUAUGCGCGCAUGUGUGUGUUUGUGCACGCAUGCAUGGGCUUAUACAUCUCUUUAGGUGUGCAUUGAUAUGAAUAUAUCUCUUUUUAAAGUUGUACCCAUAAUGCCCCUGUUGAUUGAUCUCACAGUAAAAAUGACCAGGUGUGGAGAGGACAAGGUAACUGAACCCUGACGAGAUUCGUUUGCCUCGUCCCAGUGAUCCACACAGUUUUCCAUUCACCUGUAAUACAAUAGGUUUCAGCCAUGUCCCAGUUAUCCACACAGUUUUCCAUUCACCUAGUCAUCCUCAAACUUUGCAUUCACCUUGGGAUCCACACUUGUAGUACGAUAGGUUUUAUCUCUUUCUAUUCGAUCAUUUCCCAAAUGUUCUCCCCUUUCUUGCUAUUCUGUCCUCCAGUCUGCCUUAUUUUCUAGAAGCUUCGCUUUCAUUUAAUGUUGUUUACAUAGUUACAGCUUCUACAUUGCUCUUAUUAUUCUUGUCAUUAACACCGUGUCAUCUGAUGAGAGAUUUUUAUGAGAAUAAAAACUUCCCCGUCUUCA